GUGUGCCAGUGUACAUUCUCGAUCGCUACCUUGUACAACCAUUCUCAUAUCUGUCUCUCUCGCUCACGAAGGGAAAGCCGAGGGUUUUCCAGUUCUCUCUGCAACUCACAGAAAGUCCAAUCGAAUCGAAUCUAUCGGAAAAAAGCGAAGAUGUGGCACGAGGCGAGGAGGUCGGAGAGGAAGGUACACGACAUGAUGGACGCGGCUCGAAAGCGAGCGCAGAGGCGGGCAGUGUUCCUGGCCAAACGCCGUGGCGAUCCUCAGCAAUCGAUCCAGGUCAUCGGCUCUCGUUGCCGUAUGUACCGAGACGAUGGUCUCUACCAAGCCACUCAGGACCAGCAGGGCCUGAUUCCUUGGAAUGGGAAGCAAGAUAUUUUGAUUGACAGAUUUGAUGGGCGUGCCCUUCUUGAUUUCAUUCGGGAACCUGGUUCGCGGCAUUUUCGGGCCCAAGAAAAGUCUGAAGAAGAGGAAGAACUAGAAGAGUUUGUUAAUUUUGAGCGUUAUCGGGAUUUAAUUAAGCAUCGACGUAGAGGAUUUACUGAUGAGGAGGGUUUGCAACAUGUGUAUCAAGAGAUAGAGGCCAAGAUCAUUGCUCCAUUUGCACCAGAAAGAUCUCAGUUGCCACAGCCUCCUGCAAACAAAGGUUCUUAUUCACAAGUGGGGUUUUCUUAUGAGGGGGAUGGAAAAGAAGAAGCCCAUCUUUUAGGUGCUGAUGAUAAUGAGGAUGCUGAUGAGGAAGAAGAAGAAGAUGAAGAAGAAGAUGAGGAGGAUUUUAACAGUGACGAUAGCAAUGAUGAAGGUAUGGAUAAAAUAGCAAAGGAAUUUGGAGUAAAAAGGUAUGGGUGGCUUGUUUACAUGGAUAAGAAAGCCAAGGAGGAAGAAAAAAGGCAAAAGGAAGUAAUCAAAGGAGACCCUGCAAUUAGGAAGCUGAGUCGCAAGGAAAGAAGAAAGGUUUCUCAAAUAGAAAGGGAGAGAGAAAGGGAAGCUGCUCGAAAUACAGGAACUCGAGUAUUCCACCAUGAUCCCUAUCGUGAAACUAGACGAAGUCCAACCUAUGAAGCUUAUCCACGCUCAAGAAGAUCAAGAUCUCGGUCUUACUCACCAUCAUAUUCAAGGAGAUAUCCUCGUGGCCGGCAUUCUGAUGAUGUUCAUCGAAGCAAGCCAGUGACUCCUAAAAUAGAAUAUAUUACUGAAUUUGGGGGAUCUGGCGAUGGGAAUGAUUUAAAGCUCGAAGGACUUUCUCCUCCAACAUCUCCUCCCUCUCAAGCUGAUAUGUUAAACCGGCCAGCAUCUGGUUGCAUACUUGAGGCCCUUCAUGUUGAUCCUGCAUCCGGUGUAUCCCUUGACAAAGAUAAGGGCUCUAAAGUGCUGAAACCAUCAGUAAGCUCAUCUUCAGCACUAGCAAAGUUAACUAAGGCCAGUUCUUCUGUGGGACCAAUGAAACAGCAACAGGGUGAGAAGAAAGAAACGCCACAAGAACGACUUAAAAGGAUUAUGAGCAGGCAGCUAAACAAACAAAUUAAGAAGGAUACAGCUACUGAGAUGGCUAAAAAGCGAGAGCAAGAGCGCCAGAGGCUUGAAAAACUUGCAGAAACAAGCCAACUAAGUCGAUAUAGGCAUCGCAGCCGUAGUAGAAGCUACAGUCGUUCUCCUCCAAGGCACCGACAGAGUAGGAGUCCAAGCAGAAACAGGAGUUCCCGAAGGUAUAAUUCUCAUUCUCGGUCCCGCUCCCGCUCUCGCACUCAUACACGAUCUCGUUCCCGCUCCCGCACUCGUACACGAUCUCGCUCCGGUUCCUACUCUGGUUCACCAAGGAGAAGAAGCCGAACAAGAUACUGAUGAUAUUUAAUCUAUGUGGAAAUCUGAAUGCUUCAUACAUGUAUGGGAGUCGUUUUGAAAGUGGGCCUUGUCAGCAUUGGCUGCUUUCCCUUAUAAGAUACCAGUCUUUCUUUCUUUUCUAUUUCAUUGUGAGAGAAGAAAAGUAUGUUAUGAUUUCUCCCCCCUUUCUUUUCUUAACUUUGUCAAAUCUUUAUCAACUACAUUGUAUUUGUAAUGGGUAAGAAAUGAGUUUUGGUAAUUUCUUUUAUCAUAAAGACCAAUGUUAAUAGCUCU